CUGUGCCGAACAUUCAGAGAGUGCAUGAGAAACGCCUGGGGGAGGCAAACGCGACGCUGGAAAACAUUAACACACCGGUUUGUUGUUGUAUCUUCAAAAUGUGGGCACGAGCUGUGCUGUGCGCGGUUCUGCUGUCUGGGCUGUGUCCGGCGGAGAAGACGGAAGACGAGAGGGACGAGAGAGAAGUGCAGGACUACCACAACUCCAACAGACUGCUCGGCGCACUGCAUGAAGUGCUAGAGAGACUGCAGACCAAGAGGAUUAAUCCCUGGGAGAAAAAGUAUGGACAGGUCCCCUCUUGUGAUCUCGGGGAAUACUGCGCCAUCAGAAAAGGAUCUCGCAUUGGGAAGAUGUGCGACUGCCCCCGAGGAGCUUUGUGCAACUUCUUCCUGCUCAAGUGCUUAUGAGCAAAUCAGAUCCCGCCACAAGAGUCUAUUUUAAAUUGUAUAUUUUCAAAAUAAAUCUGAACUACGUGAAAUAACCUUUAGAAUGGAAUGGAAUAAAUCCUUUGUGAACCUUUGUGUGAAGACGACCUUUUUGUCAUUUGCACCAUUAAAAGUGUUUUAAGCUCG